GUGAAAUCUCUAGAAAUCAAGCCUUCUCACGAUGAGACUGUCGACCCGAGUGACCGUCCACAUUCUUCACGACACAGGCGCAACCUAGGCGAACCUACAAGCCAUCCAACAUGUCUAACAACACGCUCCCACCGUUCCCGUCAGACGUGCCGGUGGCUGACAUCGCGACGGUCGAUUUCGACCUCCUGGCCCAAGGAGACGCGGAACAGGCCCGGAUCCUGCUACACUCGUGCCAGAACUACGGCUUCUUCUACCUGUCCAACCACGUGGACGCGCGGUUCAUGUUCAACCUCGCCGACGGCGUCUUCUCGCUGCCGCUGGACGAGAAACUCGCCUACGACAUGGGCACCACGGGCCACUACUACGGCUACAAGCGGUCAGGCGCCAUGUUCGUCGACGACAAGGGCACCAAGGACCACAGCGAGUUCUACAACGUGUCCAAGGACGAGGUGCUGGGGAUCCCGCAGCCGCCGCCGGCAGACGGGACGCCGCCCGCGUCGGUGUCGGGCCAUCACCCGCAGGUGGUGCUGGACCGCUUCGAGGAGCUCCAGACGUUCAUGAAGUCGUGCCACGCCGUCGUCUACGCCAUCACCACGUCCCUGGGCAAGUCGCUGGGCUUGCCGCGGGGCCUUCUCGAGUCGCUGCACGAGCUGGACCGGCCGUCCGUCGACCAGGCGCGGGUCACCUGCGCGCCCCCCGUCCGGCCGGCCGAGACGAUCACGCUGGGCGAACACACCGACUUCGGCAGCGUGACGGUCCUCUUCAACCAGCUCGGCGGGCUCCAGGUGCUCGCGCCCAACAAGCGCGACUGGGAGUACGUGCGGCCGCGGCCGGAGUGCGCCGUCAUCAAUCUGGGCGACAGCCUGAUCAAGCUCCUGGGCGGCCGGCUGUACAGCGCGGUGCACCGGGUCGUGGUGCCCCCGGGCCAGCAAGGGGAGUGCAUGCGCCACAGCGUGGUCUACUUUUCGCGCCCGAACUCGAGCGUCAAGCUGCGGGACCUGUUCCAGUACCCGACCGCAGAGGACGUGGCGGCGCUGGAGAAAUCGUCCGGCGAGACACUCCUGAACGCCGACGAGUGGGUGAAGCAGCGGGCGCACAACUGGAACACCGCACAGUACAAGGGCAAGGAGUCGUACAAGCUGAGUCGCGGCACCGAACACAAUCGCGAGUGGGAUUCCGAUCCCGCCAGGUUGAAUCAGCGGCGCCCCAAGGCGGUCGAGGCUGUGUGAACGCCUUGGGCCUUGGGGUUGGUGGCUGCUUUAUGUAUAGUCUUCGAUAUAGUCAACUACCAAGACAACUCGGGGGCCUUUAAC